CGCCGCGCAUGCUCACCUAUCGUUCCAGCGAAGCAGCCGAACGGGCACCGAAGGUAGCCAGGCACGAGGAACCACAGUGAGCCUGUGGAGUUUUCCAGCAUCCAGCGUUUUUCCUCAUUGGACUCAGUUAUUCGCCGGAUUCUGUGACGUUUGGAUUUUUGCGGAAUUACGCCCAAAGCCUGGUUCGAACCGAGUGCAUUUCUCUGUGCCCGAGCGUAUCGUGGAUAAUUAUUGUGCAUUCGGAGAUUUCAGCUGAAAGCUGAUUUCGAUUUUGUUCGCUAGUACUGUGAAAUUGGCAGGAGCUCAUUUGGAUUUUUCGGAGGUCGGAAAUCGUUCAGGGGGUUGAAUGUUUUUGUUGAGAUAGGAAUCGGAAUCACCGAGCAAGUGCCGGAUUGCGGAAACGGCAGAGGCAGUGUCAGCUUCUAGCGGUUUUCGCAGUGGGUGGGGAAAACCACCCACCGAAUACGUAUCUCCCACGUCAGGUGGCACCGAGUCAAGUGUGAUGGGUAUUGUGCAGUAGUGGUUGCACGGAAGCAUCAUCCACCAGCGACGACCGUUAGAUAUUUUCAUUUCCUGGGAGAUGGUUAUAAAUCGAAUGAGAUAAAAUAAAUAUAUUAAAUUGGCAAUUUGACGAAUCCACCGGAAUCGAAUGUUCCUUAGUUCCAACAGACAACGCGAGUGCAGUGCCGGUGGUACGCGGAAGACGGGAGGCGAAAAUUGACAAAGAAAUCCAUUCAAGUCGAAGAAGGUGAAUCCAUCCAGACCGACCGAGGUGUCGUGUGCUUCGGCGAAGAUACGGUUUUUCAAUUUCGAAGCUACACAAUAGCGCUUGUGGGUGGCCCGAGGCUUUCAGCCAUUCAGACUCAGUGAGCAGGAAAACGCAGUGUAAGAAUAGAAGAGCAAAAGCACAAUCAGAGUUGUCGAAGCUCGAUUUCUCGAUUCCUGGGUGGCACAAGAUAUUUCAGUUGGCGGAACCCAUAGCCAGUAUAUCAGUAGAAGGCUUCAUCCACGUGUAGACAGACGGUGUGUUGAAGGGGCGCCCAAGGUGCUUUAUCCGAUGACAACGUCGCCGGCAACGCGCCGAAUUUCUCGUUAACCAGCCUAUCGCCAUCGGAAUAUCGUUCUUAAACCUCUCAACUGCUCUCCGACGAUUGACGCCAGUGAGUGGGAAGAAAAGUGAAUAAACGAAUCACGCUUCAAGUGACGAAAACUCGGAUUAUACAGGUUUUGCUGACUGCUGGAAGUAAUUCAAUUAUUGGAUUAAAUUUUCAAGAAUCGAUUCGUCGGUCUGGCAGUAAAAUCUCCAUUUUCAGAGGCACUUUAGGGAUCGUUCCUCGAAGUGUGCUAGUGUGUUUGUGGGUCUGCUGGCAGGCAUUAGCAGAAUUAGGAGGUGGUUUCAUGGCUCAGUGAACACCUCGUCCUGUACGCUAGGAGUCGAAUUUCCGUGUACACAAAAGUGCUACCCCGGUGGUGCUUGUAUCUCGUGUGUUUCGUGUGCAAAUUGUGCUUGCGGGAAACCCCAACCCAUCCAGCUUUCCUCGGAAAAUAAAAGAAGAAAUAAUGGUGUGAGCCAAGGCAGCUUGUGCAAAAUUGUGUUUAUCCACCAUUAAAAGGGAGCAGCUUUGCUGCUGAAGAAUAGCAGCAGUAAAAGCAUCAUCAUUAUCAUCAUCAUCAUCGUCGUCGUCGUCGUUUGCUGUUUGUUGGGGUGUUUGCUGUGUGAGUGUGUUUAACCCAAUUCCGUGCAUUGUUGAAGCAUCUUUCUCGAAAUAAAAUAAAAUAAAAAAAAAGUGCGAAAAGCUACAAAAAGUGAGCAAGAUAAAAGUGCAACCCCGGUGGUGCACGGUGUCAGAGUUGAAAACGACUUCGACAACGGCCUAGGGGCUAGAUAGCAGCAGCAGCAGCAGUUUCAAACCCCAAAGGCGUGUGAGCUUACAGAGAAACCGGGGAGAACGAGUUUGUGCCUAGGAAAAUUAACGACAACACCAGCAGCAUCAAGCUUGGAAGCCACAUCCUGAGGCUUACUGCAAAGUUAAAGGAAACAGAAAACAGCUGCUGCUAGGCGCAAAAGCACACAACACAACACGUCUGCCAAUUUUCCGAUCGUGUUUCAAAAUAGGAUCUGCGUUGAAAUAGAGCUGGACCAAAUGAUACACCGAUCCAACAACAAAGUCAGCAAGUGAACUCCAACAGUGCUUGCAGCUUAGAGUACCGGCAACUUUUCGAAUUUCUUCCGACACAGGCGUAACAAAAAAAAAUGCAAAGAAGAAUAAGAAAAAGUAAAGUGUGAUCAAAGGCUAUCGUACCCGCUGACAUCAUCUGACUAACGACGAGCGGGAGCACGGAAGAGUUGUACCUUGUAAAGCUACCUUUCUCGGUUUUCAGCGUUACCCGAGUAAGUACCGUCUGAACGUACACCACCGACACUCACUUGUGGCAAUAAAUCGAUUUACUUUGAAAAAGACGUCGACGUGGGCCACCCCAGAAGGGAGGGAAUCGAAAAAAGUUCGGUAGCAAAAAAUUGCAACUUGAAGCCGACCGAUCGACCAACCGACGAAACGAACCCCCACUUUGAUGAAGGGGAAAAGUGUAACUUUCAACAGUUGAAUGAAUGAAAUAAAAAAAAAGUAAAAAGAAAACAAGAAAUAACGAGCAAGUACUUAAAUGCGAACCAGAGAACCAGAAUCCGUGGAAAAAACAGAUACAAGAGAAAGCAAUAAACGUAGAAUUUCCGCAAAACCAAACGAUUUUCCUUCGGUAGUGUACAGCCACUACUCAUCGUAAAAGGACGAAAACUUUAUGCGAAUGAAAAAAUUAAAAGAAUAAGAAAAGUUGUGUUGUGCAUCCCAGCAUAGUGCAAUACAGCACGACCGGAAAGAAAUGAAAUAUUGAAGGAGAACUACUUAUCCGUGUACUGUGUGUGUGUGUGCAUGUGUGUUAUAGAAGAAGUAAAGAAAGCAGCAACCAGGACAAAAUAAACCAUUCCCUCACUCCUCACCGUUGGCAGAAUCCAGGCGUCUGUGUGUGCGCGCGUCCAAAUCCAAACUGGCGAAACCGUACGAUUACCAUUUUUAUGCUGCUGCCACGGUUCAACACUAGCCCGGACCAAUGAAUGUGGUGCUACUGUUGCAGAUUAUAAUCGUUACAAAAUUCAUCAAAACCGGUAACGCCGACAAGAACGACUACCCACUCUACUUCGAGAAGGUCAUCUAUGAGGCCGACAUUGACGAGAAUGUCGAAGUCAACCAGAACUUCCUCAACGUUACCGCAAAAACACACACUGAAGCUCCCAGUAUUCGAUACAAGAUCACAAGCGGUAACGUAGGCGAUGUGUUUGCGAUACACAAUACAACCGGAGCUCUGUACGUAGCGAAAGCACUGGAUUAUGAGAAAAAUAAAAAGUACGAGCUCCGGCUGACGGUGUCGGAUACCUUCAAGGAAAACUACACCACAGUGCUGAUUAACGUUAAGGACGUAAACGACAAUCCACCUGUAUUCGAGAGAUCAUCAUAUCGCACACAAAUCACCGAAGAGGACGACCGGGGCCUGCCGAAGCGAGUGCUACGGGUCACAGCAUCGGACGCCGAUGUGGAACGACCCAACAACAUAAUAUAUUUUCUAACCGGGCCCGGAAUCGACGCCGAAAAUCCCUCGGAGAGUAACUUCGACAUCAACAAAGCAACGGGGGAAAUAUUUGUUUUAAAGCCGCUCAAUCGUGAUCCGCCCCAUGGGCGACCGUUGUGGAAGUUUACCGUCUUCGCGCAGGACGAGGGCGGCGAGGGACUGGUCGGGUUUACCGAGGUUCAAAUCAAGCUGAAAGACAUAAACGAUAACGCACCGUCGUUCCCGCAGGGGAUCUACUACGGUAAUGUGACCGAAAAUGGGACGGUCGGAAUGCAUGUGAUGACAAUAAAAGCGCAGGACCACGACGACGUGGAUGAGGGAACGCAUGCGAAAAUCGUAUAUUCAAUCGAGAAGAAUGCAAUCGAAGAGGAAUCGGGACUGCCCAUUUUUGAUAUCAACCCGGAUACGGGCGUCAUAACGACGGCGGUAUGCUGUCUGGAUCGAGAGAAGACUCCGGAUUACUCGCUGCAAAUUGUGGCAACCGAUGGAGGUGGUCUCAAGGGGACGGGAACCGCUUCGAUUAAAGUCAAAGAUUUAAACGACAUGCCUCCACAUUUCACCAAAGAUGAGUGGUUUGUGGAGGUAGAAGAAACGGAUGGAAACAUACUUCCAGAGGCACCGAUACUCACGGUGACGGUCAACGACGAUGACGAGAUCAACAACUUCCAGUACAAAAUCAUCGAAAGCAGUGGCUACGGAGCGGACAAGUUCGCCAUGAUCAAAAACAACGAUGGAACUGGAAGUUUGCGGGUUGUUCAACCACUGGACUUUGAAGAUCCGAUGCAGAUCAACGGAUUCCGGUUUCGGAUCCAAGUAACAGACAACGAAGGUAUCAACGAUACGGACAAGUACCACGUUGAUCACUCGUGGGUGAUUGUGAAGCUAAAAGACAUCAACGACAACACUCCACGGUUUCGACGGCCACACAUGGAGGCGCACGCUUCCGAGAGUGAUGAGGUCGGCAAGACCUUGGUCAGUUUCAAAGCCAUCGAUAACGAUAAGGCAGGAAAGAGUAAGAUCACCUACAUAAUAAAUCGAUCAACAGAUCGGAAGCGCCAAUUUGCGAUCAGUGACGAAGGAACGGUUACUAUUCAACGGCAACUGGAUCGGGAAUCAACUUCCAGAUAUAAUCUGGAGAUAUUGGCCGUCGACGAUGGUGUUCCCCCAAGGACAGCUACUGCAACCCUGACGGUUGAAGUCAAGGACGUCAAUGAUAAUGCUCCGGUAUUUGCUGAACAGUACAAACCAAUACUGCUGGAAAAUUCACCGGCGUCGAAAAUCAUCGAAAUAUCAGCUAUUGAUCAAGACGACCGAAAGAUGGGGAAUGGACCUCCAUUCCAGUUCCGGAUGGACCCAGAUGCGGAUGACGUUAUCCGGACGUCCUUCAAGGUAGAGCAGAACAACAAGGGUGACGGUAUGGCGGUCGUGUCUUCGAUGAGGUCGUUCGAUCGCGAGUAUAGAAAACAAUACGAGAUACCGAUCGUGAUCAAGGAUUCGGGCAAUCCACCACAAACGGGAACCAGCACCCUAACGGUGACGAUCGGUGAUGUCAACGAUAAUAUAAUGCAACCUGGUUCGAAGGAGGUGAUAGUGUACAACUACCAAGGUCAGGCACCGGAUACCCAAAUUGGCAGGGUAUUUGUGAACGAUUUGGAUGAUUGGGAUACAUCCGAUAAGCUGUUCUACUGGGACGAGCUGGAAAAUCCCAGGUUCAAGUUGGAUGACACGUCAGGAAUUGUAACAAUGAGACGAGGUGCUCGCGAAGGACGCUACAAACUGCGCUUCAAGAUCUACGAUCGGAAGCAUGCGCAAGAAUCGUACGCCAACAUGUCGGUGCUGGUGAAGCACAUUUCCUACGAGGCAAUCGUCAACUCGGGAUCCAUUCGCCUCAUUGGCAUAACGGACGAAGAUUUUAUCCGAAUCUGGGACUACCGAACACAGAACAUAUUCAAGAGCAAAUUGGAGCGUUUCAGAGACAAGUUGGCGGAGUUGCUGAACAUCGAUAAAAAGAACGUAGACGUGUUUAGCGUGCAGAUGAAGACAAAAAGUCCACCUGUCACAGAUGUGAGGUUUUCCGCACGAAGUGCUUACUAUUUCAAAGCAGUCCAAUUGAAUGGAGUUGUGCUGCUGCACAAGGAAGUUAUUGAACAAACAGUAGGAGUCAACAUUACCAUGGUCAACAUAGAUGAGUGUCUAGCGGAGAACGGUGAGUGCAACGGAUCAUGUACGCACCUAAUGGAAGUACAGAUGACUCCUGCUGUCGUGAAUGCCAAUAAAACGGCUCUAGUCGGAGUUCAAAUCAAAUCCACAGCUAAAUGCAUAUGUAACGCUCGGGAAUACGAGCAACAGCAAAGCUGUAAAUUACACCCGUGUCUGAAUGGCGGAAAAUGUUCGGAAACAAAAUCCGGAGUACGUUGCUCAUGCCCUCCCGGAUACAGUGGUCCACGGUGUCAGCAAACCGUUCGGAGUUUUCGUGGUAAUGGAUGGGCCUGGUAUCCCGCGCUGGAUAUGUGCGAUAAGUCUCACAUUGGCGUGGAAUUCAUCACGACGAAAGCGGAAGGAUUAAUCUUCUACAAUGGUCCGAUAGUUCCUCCGAACGACAACGAUGAAAAGCAGCAAUCCGAUUUCAUUGCAUUGGAAUUGGAACAAGGAUAUCCAAGAUUCCUGAUCGAUUACGGAUCAGGAACGCUGGAGCUAAGAAUACAGACCAAGAAUCCCUUGAACGAUGGUGAUUGGCAUAGGAUCGACUUAUUUUGGGAUACGGACCGUGUUAAGAUGGUAGUGGAUUACUGCAAGACAGCCGUCAUAACGGAAGCCGAUGAUGGAAAUAUAGUGGAGUUUGUUGAUCACACCUGCCAAGCCAUCGGACGCGUUCCGCAAUUCAAUGAAUAUCUGAAUGUGAACACUCCUCUGCAGAUUGGAGGCGUUUUCCGGGAAAAGUUCGACUACACCUACAAUCGCUGGCAAUACAUGCCAAUGGCAAUGGGUUUCGAAGGCUGCAUACGAAACUUUAAGCACAAUGGAAUCCUCUACGAUCUAUCCCACCCAGGUCUCACCAAAAGUACAAUGCCUGGAUGUGUUUUUACGCAGGAGGUGUGUGAUCUGAAUCAACAGGUUGCCAAGUGCUUGGAGCAUGGUAAAUGCAUAGGAAACUAUGACGACGCCAAGUGCGAGUGCAAUCCGGGAUGGUCGGGAACUUACUGCAGUCUACCGACGACACCAACCACCUUCAAAACUCUAAGCUAUGUGAAGUACGCGUUGAGUUUUGAACCGGAUAAAUUUACGACUAGAAUUCAGAUGCGCUUUCGAACGCGGGAGUCGUUCGGGGAACUGUUUCGUAUCAGCGAUCAACACAUGCGAGAGUACGGGAUAAUAGAGCUGAAGGAAGCAAGCUUGAUUUUUCGGUACAGUUUGAAUUCGGGUCAGGUUGAAGAACGCGAUGUAUCGCUGAAUGCCGUCCAGGUGAAUGACGGUCAGUGGCAUGUGGUGAAGAUUCAGCGGUAUGGUUCGGCGGCCAUAUUGGAGCUGGAUGGAGGCGAAGGGGCCAAUUUUAACCAGAGUUUUUCGUUCGACGGACACCAGUGGCUGUCGGUGGAUAAGCAGGAAGGUGUCUACGCCGGUGGCAAACCAGAGUACACCGGAGUGAAGACUUUUGACGUACAAGCAGACUACCAGAAGAGCUGCAUAGAUGAUAUCAGGUUGGACGGUAAAACUCUUCCUCUGCCUCCGGCGACCAACGGUACACAGUGGGGCCAAGCAACGAUGGCGAAGAAUAUCGAGCGGUACUGUUCGUCCAACAAUCCGUGCCAGAAUGCGUACUGUCCCGAGCCGUUCGAGUGCGUCGAUCUGUGGAACAAAUACGAGUGCACUUGCGGUGACGGCAUGAUGAUCUCACCGGAGGGCAAAACCUGCAUCGAUCGGAACGAGUGUCUGGACUAUCCGUGUCUGAACGGAGGAACCUGCAUCAACCAGGAGCCCCGGUUCAAGUACAAGUGCAUCUGUCCGGACUCAUACUGGGGCGAAAGCUGCGAGUUCCUCAAGGAACGGCAAGCGUUGAAAUUCAGCACAAGUGCCUUGGCUGCUGUAAUCACAUGUCUUUUGCUGAUUAUCAUUCUAUUAUUCCUUUAUUUUUCCUGUUCCCGCCGCCGAUCGGCCAACUUCAACAAGAAACCUGCAACGAAGGACGACAUCCGUGAAAACAUCAUCAACUACUGUGACGAAGGUGGCGGCGAAAACGACAUGACCGCGUUCGAUAUGAAAACCCUCAAGAUUCCCAUAGGACCGCUGCCGGAACUGGUGCAGCACAAGGCACCUCCCGUACGUCCCGAUAUUGCCGUCGUGUCCGACCAGGUCCUCACCAAGGUCGACGUGUUCCUGGACGAUCGCAAACGAAGGGUGGACGUCGAUCCCGCAUCCGGGCCCUUCGACGACCUGCGAAAUUACGCCUACGAAGGUUGUGGGAGUACGUCUGGCUCACUAAGUUCCUUACAGUCAGGUACUGAUGAUGAACCCCAUGAGUAUAGCUUUUUAACCGCAUGGGGUCCACGUUUUGAUAAGUUAGUCAAUAUUUACGAACCAAAAAUACAAAUUGAGGACGAUGACGUUAGUUAAGGGUAACUCUUUCGGUUCGAGCUUUGUUAUCCGGUUUUUGUACUCUGGUGAUGACAGUACCGAGAGAGGGUCGUCAUCACUCGUCGUCGUGUGUAGGUGUAGUUAAAUGAUAUAGUUAUUAUAUGUUUUUUUACGUACAUUCGGAACAGUGUAGAUAUCAAGAAGGAAGUGAGUACUAAACGAAUAUUAGCGUGUAAAAUUUGUCUUAGCUAAUGAAAACAAACAAUACAAUAGUAAAAGAAGAAAAAACACACCUAGGCGGUGAGAUCUUUAGCGUAUAAGUAGCGGAUAAGAGCAAGAAGAUUUAAAUGAAACUGGAACAGUCAUACUACUAAAUAGAACAAGUAAUCCUUUUGGUGCUCUCUUCCAUUUUCGAAAAAUAAAAAAAAAAAUCUAAACGGAAUGUAGGUUGUUUACAUACACUGGUUGCGUGAAUUCAUUAGCUGAAUUGGUUAUAGAGCAUAUUUUCUGCGAGCUUGAUUAACGCGAUGAACGCACCUGAUGCAAUCAAAUGAUGGGUUAUUGCUUGUUCAUGUUUUCGAUGAACGCUAGCUUCAUUGGGGGUGGCAAUAAAGAUUGUUAUUGUAGCAAUUUGCAGAAUAGGCAUGCGUCAAACCGAAUUGAAUUGAAAAAAAAAAUCUCAAAAAUGCUAUAGAUUUUGCGCUGAAUGAUCUGGACUGGAUUCUGAUGCAACAGCACACAAGCUUUGACGAAAAAUUUCAAACAAAAGCACAUAAUUUAUCCGAUCAAGAUACAAUAAAUAAAAUAUUCGAAAUCGAAACAAUGCCGAACAAUCACUGAGAUUUCCCGGUAGCAAACUUUCAUCCGAAAUCAAUACAAACCAACAUUUGAUUGCAACAAUUGUUCUCGGCAGGCAACCGACCUGUAUAACUAAAAAUGAGGCUUUUGUCAGCGAAUAAAUUCCCAUCGGUCAAACUCUAUGGAUGAGUUAUUUUGCUUAAAUUAUUUUUCCCCAGAAAAUGCAUUUUCUAAGCCAGCGGCAUUUAUUUUGUUCGUAUUCCUGUAGCUGUUACGAGCCAAUCAAAAGGCUAGAAAAAUAUAUGAGCAUAGUAAAAUCUGCUGCCAUCCAACCGAAAUAAAAUCCAUUUGAUUUUGUUUGUUCCCUCUUGAGCAUAUAUCAAAACAAAGGCACAAAAGAUAAACACAACUCGGCAAAUAAAGGAAGAAAAAUCAACAUUGCCAAACGGAAAACGAAAAAUCAGGAAAAAGGGAAACAUGAGCAGAAAACAAUUUCAACGGCGAAACUGUACACAAAUAAAUCAAAACUAUUAUUUAAGAAUCAAUUUGUAAAUAUUAAAUGUAAGUUUAGAUAUCCAAUUUUUUCAUCGUCGCCGGUUGCCGUCACCAUCCGUUCCCUCGUUCAACGAGAGUUAUGUUUUAUCGAAACUUCAACCAGGCUGAUUGCAGCUCUGAAGAAAAAAAAAUAGAAUGAAAUCACUCAGUGAGACCAAGAAGAGCAACGGAGACGGCACAUGACAAACAAAUCAUACUGCCGGCGCACGGGAAAUGGAGCGCGCUCGUAAAAGGAUGGAGCAAAAGUUUGAAUCUCCCGGUCGUCUCGGAGUGCACAAAAACACACUCUCCCAGCGGAGAAUCGGCAUGAAAGGCAUUGCAUUUUCCACUUCUUCAUAUCUCGAGGGGUGGUGGAAAUUCAUAUAUUUUCCCAAAGAAAAUGAAAAUCAGCGGUGUUUUUCGGAGCGCAGUGCUGGUUGGCUAGAGUCGAAACUUCAAUAAACUUUGCUAUCAUGGAGCAAAAAACGUCAUGAAAUCAAAAGAAUAGGGAAAUGUUUUAGCAUUUAUCCAUAUCAAAAAGAUGAUCAGGAUUGAAACCAGUGCACACUGCGUGAUCGGAGCAAUUGUUUUGAAAGAAUUGUGAUGCACAGAGGUCUGGAAGGGUGCUCCCUAAAAUAAGUAGAACUAUAUCACCAUGCUGGGAUUUUCCGUAGCAAGUAAGUGGAAAAACUAUAUCGAUAAACAGUCCACUCUCCCUAUUUAAAUUUUCAAAUGAUGGCCUAUCGAUCUAAAGAUUGGGCCCAUCGUUAAAUCUCCUGUUCUUUAAAUUUUCUUAGAACAAUGCGUCAUCUGAACUAUUCUACAGCCGCAGACAGUAUAUGAGCAAAGUCAAGCGCACACUUUUUUGCCUGUAGAUUUGAAGACAUAGGGGAAAUGCAGGUAAUGUCGG